GCCCUCCAGGUUGCUUGCCGCGCACAUCCCUUCGGAGGGGACUGUCGCAGAGCCUUGUCAUUCUGACCCGAGGAGCCCUGGCUUCCUCCCUCAGAGCGUCUGGCAGAAAUGUCUAAUGCAAAAGAAAGAAAGCAUGCUAAGAAAAUGAGAAACCAGCCCACUAAUGUGACUUUGUCUUCUGGCUUUGUGGCUGAUAGAGGUGGAAAGCACCCUAAUGGAGGUGGAAAACCUUUCCAAGCUCAGAAACAUGAACCUGAUUCUGGAACUUCACGACAGCGGCAAACCAAAAUGACCCAACAUUCACCACCUGAGCCUGAUGUCAGUGAGCAGUCUUCCUCUAAAGUAAUGUUUAAAAAAAAGGGAGGAUGGAAAGCAGGCCCUGAGGGCACUUCUCAGGAGAUUCCCAAGUAUAUAACUGCUUCUACAUUCGCUCAAGCCCGAGCUGCUGAAAUCAGUGCUAUGUUGAAAGCAGUGACCCAGAAGUCUUCUAAUUCACUGGUUUUCCAGACUCUGCCACGGCACAUGAGACGAAGAGCCAUGAGCCACAAUGUCAAACGCCUUCCUAGACGGUUACAGGAGAUUGCCCAGAAAGAGGCAGAGAAAGCAGUGCAUCAGAAAAAAGAACAUUCAAAAAAUAAAUGCCAUAAAGCUCGAAGAUGUCACAUAAACCGGGUGCUAGAAUUUAACCGUAGGCAAAAGAAGAACAUAUGGUUAGAAACUCACAUCUGGCAUGCCAAACGGUUUCACAUGAUCAAGAAGUGGGGCUACUGCCUCGGGGAGAGGCCGACCGUCAAGAGCCACAGAGCCUGCUAUCGAGCCAUGACUAACCGUUGCCUCCUUCAGGAUUUAUCCUACUACUGUUGUUUGGAGUUGAAGGGCAAAGAGGAAGAAAUACUAAAGGCACUGUCUCCAAUGUGUAGCAUAGACACAGGAUUGACUUUUGCAGCAGUUCACUGCUUGUCUGGAAAGCGCCAAGGUAGCCUCUUGCUUUACCGGGCAAAUAAAUAUCCUAGAGAGAUGCUGGGGCCUGUUACAUUUAUUUGGAAGUCUGAGAGGACCUCUGGUGACACUUCUGAGAGCAGGCAGUUGUGGAUCUGGAUUCAUCCAACUCUCAAACAGGAUAUUUUAGAGGAAAUAAAAGCAGUGUGCCAGUGUAUGGAACCCAUCAAACCAACUGUCUGCAUCCAAGACCCUGUUCUGUCACCAUCCCAAGAAAAAAGCCAAACUGAACUGCCUGAGGAGAAAAUUGGCAAGAAAAGAAAACGGAAAGAUGAUGGAGAAGAUGGUAAACCAAUUAAAAAAGUUAUUGGUGAUGGAACUAGAGAUCCAUAUCAGCCAUAUUCUUGGAUCUCUCCAGCCACCGGCAUUAUAAUCAGUGAUUUGACGAUGGAGAUGAACAGAUUCCGGCUCAUUGGUCCGCUUGCCCAUUCCAUCCUAACUGAGGCACUAAAAGCUGCUUCCGUCCACACUAUGACUCUUGCAGUGUCUCGUAGAAGGGUCUUGUCUUCUGCUCCUUCGGAGGGAGAGGACACAGAGAAAACACCUCACUGCUGGUGGGUUGAAACCUGUAGGAAUCCUGAUAGCGUUUCCCUUCAUCACAGACAAGAAGCCAUUUUUGAACUGUUGGGAGGAGUAACAUCACCAGCAGAAAUUCCGGCAGGUACUGUUCUGGGACUCACGGUUGGGGAUCCUCGAAUAAAUUUGCCUCAAAAGAGGUCCAAAAUUUUGCCCAGUCCAGAAAAAUGCCAAGAUAAUGAGAAAGUUAGACAGCUGCUUCUGGAGGGUGUACCUGUGGAGUGUACGCAUAGCUUUAUUUGGAACCAAGCUAUCUGUCAGAGUGUCACGGAGAAUAAAAUCUCGGAUCAGGAUUUAAACCGGAAGAGAAGUGAGUUGCUGGUGCCUGGGUCACAGCUUGUUUUAGGUCCCCAGGAAUCCAAGAUACCUAUACUUUUGAUUCAACAGCCAGGAAAAGUGACUGGUGAUGACCGACGAGGCUGGGGAAGUGGCUGGGAUGUCCUGCUCCCAAAGGGCUGGGGCAUGGCUUUCUGGAUUCCAUUUAUCUAUCGAGGUGCAAGAGUUGGAGGAUUAAAAGAGGCUAUAGUGCAUUCUCAGUAUAAAAGGUCACCUCACAUCCCAGGUGAUUUCCCAGACUGCCCUGCUGGGAUUCUGUUUGCUGAAGAGCAAGCUAAGAAUCUUCUUGAAAAGUACCAAAGACGCCCUCCUGCAAAACGGCCCAACUAUGUUAAGCUUGGUACUCUGGCGCCUUUCUGUUGUCCCUGGGAGCAGUUAACUCGAGACUGGGAAUCAAGAGUCCAGGUCCAGGGGGAAUCGCCUGUAGCUUCCUGUCCAGGUGGUGAGGAGACUGACCUGAGAAGAGGUGAGGUGCUUUGUGCUCCCACGCCUGAAAAAUCUCAUCAACUGUCUGAUGAGGUGGGCACCUCCCUAGACGACUCCAGUGAGCCUGAAGGAGUGAUGGACACAGAGUGUCCAGCCCAGGCGGAGACUGGGUGGGUAACAGGCCAGGAUGCCCCUGGCAGUCUCCUCUGCGUUCUUAGGAGUAGACAAUCACUGAAGCAGCUGUCAGCCUGGUGUGGGCCCAGCGUUGGGGACAGUCGGGCAGCCCGGCGAGCUCCCAGCAGAUGGCAGCAAGAAUUGACCAGAGAGGCCUGCCGGGCCAUCUUGGACUGCUUCCCUAGGGCCCUGGUUUGGGUCAGUCUGUCCCUGCUCAGGAAGGGCAGCCCCAAACUGCACACCAUGAUCUGUGUCCCAACCAAGGAGGACUUCCUCCAGCUCAGUCGGGAUCGGCUUUACUCUGGGCCCCUGGAAUCCAAGCACAGCGACCCAUUCAAGAGCCAGAUCCGGAAACAAAAAGAGAAGAAGAAGAUAGAGAAGAGGCAGAACCGAGGGCGUGCUGUGUCUAAGGGCCUGGCAGGGGGGGACCCUGCAGCAGAGCACCAAGCUCUGACCCUGGGCUUAUGGUCAGGCCCUCUCCCAGCCGUGACUUCUCACUGCUCCAGAGUUCUCCUUGGCUUUGUCACACAGGGGGAUUUUUCCAUGGCUGUCGGCUGUGGAGAAGCCCUGGGGUUUGUUAGUUUGACAGGCUUGCUGGAUAUGCUGUUGAGCCAGCCGGCAGCAGAGAGGGGCCUCGUCUUGCUGCGGUCCCCUGCCUCUCUGCAGUAUCGAUUUGCGAGAAUUGCUAUCGAGGUGUGAGUGCUGGUUUACAUCUUUGCAGGGUAUAGGUAAUAAUUGUUUGCCACGUCCCGCAGUUGGGGAGUUUUGUUUUCAGUGUUUUGCUUCAAAAUAUCAUGUGAAAUUCCUUGGAAACGAGAAUUUUAAAAAUUACAUAUUACGCAAAUAAAGUGUUUACAUUAUUCCAGUAAUCUCAUUGAUUUCCAUCUUUCCCUGUCCUUGCUGUAAUACUGUAAAAUUAUUUGGCAUGUAGAACCAAAAGCUUUUGCAUUUUGAUUUCUUGGUUUGUGUAAUUCUUGCUGAAAAUAAUGAGAAGCUCUACAUUUUUUGUCUCGUUUUUUAUUAGGAACAAAGGGCUGUCAAAUCUGUUUGAAAAACCUUGUAGUCAUGUGAUAAGCAACCAUGGUUGUUUAAUGAUUUGACUGUUAUGGAAGAGGAAAAGAUUGUAAACGUCUGGCCUCUGUACGUGAAAUAUGGGCCCCUGUCUGGGCCAUGUUCAAUUCUGUACCGUAAUCAGCAUGCCUAACACUUUACACCAUAAAGAAGCAAGUCAUGGAAAAUUUAUUGCUGCCUCUUUUCAGGCAAGCUCGGUUAAUGGCAUAAGUGUUGGCAUGGAAUUAGAAUGGGAGUCUAUGAUCUUAUGACUUCUUGUCCUCUUUGUUGUUGACCAACACUUGAUCCUAGGAAUUACUUAAUUUUUCUUUGCUUUUUGUUUCUACAAAAAAUUUCUCAAAGCCAUACAAAAGCAUUUCUCAAAAUACCUUCUAUGAAAUGUGUUAGCUAAAACGAUUCCAAGUCAGGUUGAUUUGGGAAACUCUGGGUUAAAUAGUUAAGCAUUUAUUUUUAAAGGACUUCUAGAACCUUCCAUGUGAUAAUAUAUAUUGUGACUCUCCAGGAAGUGGAUAUUUU